AUGACGCUCAAGAAGAUGGAAAAGGGCUGGUCCAUCGCGACGCGGUGCUCCGAGGAGAGGCUGCGGAGGGUCCACGGCUGGGACGAGGAGCAGCUCGAGGAUGCGGUCCGGAGGGGGCUGGUGCUGCUGGAGACGGUGUGCGUCUUUGUGCAUGGAUGCAUCAAACUGCCGGUCGAGUUUUGGAAGAUUUUGCACUUCGAGUACGGCAUCGUCGUUUAUCCUUCGGCGUUGACAGAGUGUAUGGCGCCGUCGGGCUUGGGGACGAGUCAGACGUUUGCGGAGAUUUACAGCUCUCAUAUUGUCAUGCUGUGGGAGCGCGAUUCCGAAUGUCCGCCGCGGUGUCCGUUUGAGUUUCUCACAGAACCCUUGCCGUUAUACGAGCAAUAA